AUAUUAGUAAUUCGAGAAGGAGAUGACUACUCUUGUGAGGCAGAUGCCCAAUUGCCAUACAAGCUUGUCAGAAACUUGGGACACAGUCACAGUGCUAAUGUGGAGAUGGUUGAAGAUGUCAAUACUGGAACCGUCUUUGCCCGCAAGGUGUUCCCGAUAUAUGGAUCCUGCAGUGAAAGAAAACACAUUUUCGAUAACGAGAUCAAGAUCAUACAACGCCUUGCGCCUCACCACCAUGUCAUUCGCGUCUUUGCCACCUAUGUCGCCAAACGUGAAGUCGGGCUAAUACUUUAUCCAGUUGCUGAUGGCGGGGACCUCGGGACCUUCCUGCAGGAUUUCAAGGAAGCAAAAGCCGCCCAGUUAGUACAACCAGAGAAAACUAAAGUACUCGAAUCUUCCUUUGGGUGUCUAGCUAGCGGUUUAGCAUUCAUGCAUCGCCAAAAGAUUCAACAUAAGGACAUAAAGCCUCAGAAUAUUCUGAUCCAUAAAGGUUCUAUAAUCUAUGCAGAUUUCGGAUACUCCCUUGAUCAUAGCGCAAUUGGUCGAAGCACUACCACCGGCAUGCCUCAAGCUUUUACAAGAAAAUACUGUGCCCUAGAAGUGAGCAAUUAUAGCCCUCGAAAUUCGAAAUCGGACAUAUUCUCUCUUGGUUGUGUUUUCCUGGAGAUCCUAUUUGUCCUCUAUAAGGAACUCGUU